AUGAUCAAUCUCAUGAGACUCGUUAAGUUCACAAAAAAGUGGAAAAAACUAGCUGCCCCGGAGAGGAAAAGAAUUUCAAUACCAAGAAGCGGUGAAGAUGAAAACACAGACAACAAUGACAGGUUACCAGUGGCAAAUAAAGGCCAUUUUGUCGUCUACACCGUCGAUCAAAGGCGCUUCGAGUUCCCCAUUUCGUAUCUUAACAAUAACAUCUUUAGAGAACUCCUGGCAAUGUCUGAGGAAGAGUUUGGCUUGCCGAGAACUGGUCCUAUAACGUUGCUAUGUGAUGCAAUGUUCAUGAAAUAUGCAGCCUCCUUGAUGCAACGAAAUGUUGAUAAAGAUAUGGAGAAAGUAUUGCAUAUAGACAUAAGUAGUAGUGGUAGAUGCUCAUUGUCUUUUCAUUCUCUACUCCAAGAACAAAGUAGCCAGCAAUUACUGAUUUUCCAUCCAAAUCCAAUAUUCUCUGUCACUGGGCAAGAAAAUGCUCCAAAUGGACCUGCCAUUUUGAAGAGCAGGGGCUACCUGAACCAUUCAAACGACAUGUCGGUUUUGGCCAAUCAGAAUGGUUAA